AUGGAGCCAGUAUAUAAACAAAUAGAUAAGUAUUUCAAUGAGGUCAAUUAUACUGAAUGGAAUAUCGUUGAAUGUUUGCACAAGAUCAAGAAUCCAACAUUUACUUCUGCCAGUAUGGAUGAAGUUGCAACUGUUAUAAGAGAUACGAUCAAAAGUCGUCGCAAAUCUAAUGCAUUAUUUGUAAAUGCUAAGCGGAAACUAGAAAGUCUGGAAUCGAAUUUUGAUGUCACCUGGAGACGUCCCGAAAUUCGCCAGUACUUUAAUCAAUUGGACCUUUCUCAUACAAAUAAAAUGUAUGAAACACGGGCAAUGACAAAUGUUGUCAAAGAUAAAACCGUACUAAGUGACGUUCAUACACAAGACCUCAGCAAUUCAUAUUACAAAAAACCUGAAAAUAUUCAUGAUGAAGGACUAAAACAGAACAUCAGCGAAGAUGAAGCUCAUACUCCUCCAUCGGUUGCCAUUCUUUCCAGCACUAGUACUUCAACAUUAAUCGAUAGCAAUGAUUAUGUCCAAGAAUCAAUCGAACCAUUGUUUGAAUCUAUCCAGGAGGACCUUAUCUCAUCUAUUGCUGAAGAAAGCCUUGCCGAAGAGGACAUGGUUUCAAUUGACAGAGUUCGGAAACAACCUUUGAGGAAUGGUGGACGCCUUGUGCUAUCAAGUAAUUUGGAUGUGUUUGCAAGAUUCCGAUACAUACGGUCGAAGAUCCCCUCGAAAAACAAAAUCUUAAAUCCGGCAUAUUACGGAGUCGUUGAUUUGACUGGCCAGUAUAUUGAGCUCAAGUCUGCAUUUACUACUGAAGAUUGGCAAGAACUUCGAGAGAUAUUUGGUUCCGUGGUUCAAUGGCAAUCCAUCCAAACUCCUGAGCAUUUCGCGCAGUACUUUGACAAAGAUUGCACGCUAUCAUCUGAAGCAAGAGAGGAUCUGAAAGCCUUCCAUGUUGCAAUUGAGUUCCUCAGACAGGCGAGUUAUCCUCUUGAAGCCCUUAUGUCUGAGUCUCAUGUCACACACGCGUUGUAUUAUCCUUUGAUUGUUACAAUUCUCCGUGAUGAUAUCACGUCGCAGCUGGAAUGGGGAGAUGUUACUUCGGACUCGAGUUCCAACGCAAAAAAUAGUAACGUCAGCCCCAACAACAAGGCCAAACUUGGUCAUAAGGUGGAUUUCAAACUUAGCUUGAAAAAGCCGAAUUACAAGCUGCAAAUUGUCCAUGGCGAGAUUUCCGGUGGUAUCAAGGACGGAAAGACAGCGGCCUGCAAGCGUAAGCAAUGGCUCGAUAAACUCAAGCUUAUGGUUAUGUUGCGAGAUGAGUUAAAUCAGCUCAUCAAAACAUACAGCAAGUUAGGUUGUGCUGAAUUCUUGCAUUUAGUUGUAUAUGGAGUCCACGUGGUCGGAUUACAAAUAAAUAUCUACGCUAUGGUCUGGUGUGGCGGGGGAGUCUACCUUUUCGGAUUGAUCGAUCAAUGCUUCGUACCAAACAACAAAGAUACCCUCUACUCGUUAGAGGAGGCAUUUGCAGUUCUGAAGACAUUGCAGGUGAAAGCCACAGAGGCUUCAAGACUACUAAUGAACAUUGAGAUGAAGCAUGCGAGAAAAAGAAGGCGGUCUGCACGUGAAGAACGAAUUGAUCCUGAGGAACUUGUAUGUACGCGAACUCCGAAUAAGCAUUCGAAAACCAAGUAG